AUGCCUGCGUCUGCGUGGUGGGUUUGUGGAUUCCUCCCGCUCCUGGCGGUGGCCGCGGCCGCCGCGGAUCCGGCCAAGGGGAGCUGGGAGCCGCUGAUUCGGCUGCCGACCGAGAAGGGCGCUGCCCCCGCCCCUGCCCCUGCCGCGCCGGCGGCGGAGGAAGGGGCGACGAAGUGGGCCGUCCUCGUUGCCGGCUCUUCUGGCUACGGGAACUACCGGCACCAGGCCGAUGUGUGCCACGCCUACCAGAUCCUGAGGAAGGGGGGCCUAAAGGAGGAGAACAUUGUGGUGUUUAUGUACGAUGAUAUCGCCAAAAACGACCUCAACCCAAGGCCUGGAGUCAUCAUCAACCAUCCUAAAGGCGAAGAUGUUUACGCUGGUGUUCCCAAGGACUACACUGGUAAACAGGUCACCGCUGAAAACUUCUUUGCAGUUCUAUUGGGGAACAAAACCGCGGUUACUGGAGGGAGUAGGAAGGUGAUAAACAGCAAAUCAAAGGACCACAUCUUCAUCUAUUACGCGGAUCAUGGGGGUCCUGGUGUUCUAGGUAUGCCCAACAGGCCAUAUAUUUAUGCUGGCGACUUCAUCAAAGUGUUACGAGAGAAGCAUGCUUCCAAAAGCUAUUCAAAAAUGAUUAUAUAUGUUGAAGCGUGUGAAAGUGGCAGUAUAUUUGAGGGUUUAUUGCCAGAAGAUCUUAAUAUUUAUGUUACAACAGCAUCAAAUGCGGUCGAAAAUAGUUGGGGAGCAUACUGCCCUGGGAUGAAAUCAUCACCUCCUGCUGAAUAUGAUACCUGUUUAGGAGACAUCUACAGUGUUUCUUGGAUGGAAGACAGUGAAACUCACAAUCUAAAGAAGGAAACACUCAAGCAGCAGUACGAGGUGGUUAAAACGAGAACAUCAAAAUCAAUGGAAUUCGAUAAGGGUUCUCAUGUCAUGGAGUAUGGUGACAAGACAUUCAAGGACGAGAAGCUUUUCCUUUACCAAGGUUUCGAUCCUGCAAAUUCCAAUGUAGCAAACAGGCUGCUUUUGCCCGACCUGGAGGGUGCAAUCAAUCAAAGAGAUGCUGAUGUUCUUUUCAUGUGGAAAAGGUAUGAGAAGUUAAAUGGGGGAUCGGAAGAGAAGCAGAGGGUUCUCAGGGAGAUCAAAGAAACUGUGGUACACAGGAAGCAUCUCGACAGCAGUAUCGAUUUCAUCGGGAAGCUUGUCUUUGGAUUUGAAAAUGGGCCUUCAAUGAUUGAGGCUGCUAGAAGCUCUGGCCAACCACUAGUCGACGAUUGGGAUUGCCUGAAGAGGACGGUCCGAGUUUUCGAAUCCCAGUGUGGAUCACUUACUCAGUAUGGCAUGAAACACAUGAGGGCGUUUGCAAACAUGUGCAACAAUGGCAUCUCCGAGGCCGAAAUGAGGGAAGCAAGCAUCAGCGCUUGUGGCGGUUACGGCUCGGCCAAGUGGAGCCCACUGGCUGUAGGGCACAGUGCUUGA